CAUAAGAAUCUCUCUCUCUCUCUCUUAUGUGACUCACUCUCACUCUAUCAACCAUGGAUGUAAGAGAGAAAGAGACUUUACAAUGCCAUUGAAUCUCUUUACUUUUGAUUUUCUUAUCCUUUAAUUUGUUUCUCUUUACCUUCUUUUUUUUCAUUAUAUAGCUAGCAUUUUGAAAAAUAAAAAAAAAUCCUUUUUUAUUUUUAUUUUCAAAAGUUGAAUACUUUUUGUUUUUUUUUUUUAUCAUCAUGAGUUCACUAAAUUUGAACAUUGAUAAUGGUUUCUCUUUGGACUUGAAAGUUUCACCUUCAUCUCAUGUUCCUUCUUCAUCUAAUACUUCACUUAUGGGUCAUGCUAAUGAAACAGAGUCUGAAAAGACUGAAAUACCCUUUGAAAUUUUGAACCCUUUAGUGAUCAAUCCUAAGGAAAAAAUGAUUACAAACAAACAAGGGGAUGAAGGGUAUUUUGGGAAUGAGAAAAAUAACUUACCUUUGAACGUUGGUGAGGAGGAAAAUGAAGCAAAAAAUAGUUCUUUGGCCAUUGAGAAAAUUGGGAACACUAAGCUUAGUAUUAGAGGUCAUUGGAGACCAAAUGAAGAUGCUAAGCUCAUUGAAGUUGUUGGAAAAUUGGGUCCUCAAAAUUGGAACAACAUUGCUCAACAUCUACAUGGAAGAUCAGGGAAAAGUUGUAGAUUAAGGUGGUGUAAUCAACUAGAUCCUAAACUUAACAGAGGAGUAUUCAGUGAGGAAGAAGAGGAGAAACUUUUGGCAGCACAUAAAAUUUAUGGUAACAAAUGGGCAUUAAUUUGCAAACUAUUUCCUGGAAGGACAGACAAUGCAGUCAAAAAUCAUUGGCAUGUGCUCAUGGCUAGGAGGCUAAGGAAUCAAUCAUCAACUUCUUCUAAAAUGAAAAAGUCAACAUUUCAAAUUUCUUCAAAUAUUUUGAUGAAUAUGAAUUUGACAAACUAUAAUGUGGCUAGUGAAUCAACCAUCUCAAGUACCAUUGAUGAAUCUAAUUCAACUUGCACCAAUCUCAACCUCAUUACUAUGCCUAAUUUUCAUAACAAUCAUGCUUUGCCUAAUUUCCAAACCUAUGGUUCUCAAAUAGGUUUACUUGGAGAAAGAAAUGUAGCUGCAAGGGAUAAUGGUUUUGACAAGUUUUUCAGUGCUUCCACCAAAGGUUCAUGUGAUUGUCACAUGGGAAAGCUUAAGAUUAUGGACAAAUCCAAUUAUUCAGAUUCAAUCUCAGAAGUUUCAAUAUCUCAGUCAGUUGCAACCAACAAGACCAAUGUAUCAAUUUUGGGGGAAAGUGAAAAUGUGAAGGAUAAGAUUAAAAGGUCAUUUAUUGACUUUCUAGGAGUUGGUGAAACAUAGUGAAAUUUUGUUGAUGUAAUAGUCCUAUGAUCAAAGGAACAAAAGGGUAUAUUGGGAAAAGAGGGAUGGUGUAAAGGAAUAGUUUUAAAUGUAGGUUCUAUCUAUUUGCACUCAUGGUGUAUAGGUAGUUCCAUAAAAGACUAAUUGUGUAUGAUUACUAAAAAUUAACU